AUGCACGUACGAGAAUCAGAGUUCGGCUUUUAUUUUGAAACCCGCUCAUCCUCUUACGCAAUUCCGUCCUGCAUCCCGCCGAUAUGCCCUCGGCCAGACCUGUCAAUCAUCACUACGAGUGACGUCACGGGGGAUUUGCUACAAUGUCAAACAUCGUCGCGUUCAAGCACCGGACUCGUUGACCUUUUAGGUCCCUUUGCGUGUUCCACAUGUGUUCGAGAAGCGGGUAAACUCGGCUCAAUCAUCAUGACCCGUAAUUCCGAGGGAUACGGAACUGAGGAGGAAUGCGUGCUGUCCGACCCCCAAGGAGAAAGCGACGCGGAUGCAGAUAUAGAAGACGCCGACUGCAGACUCCAAGAACCCGGCUCGCUCCAGCGGAUCAGCUCCAGGCGCCGCAAACGGCAGCGACUGGCUCGGCAGGACACCACUGAAAGCGAAGACGACGGCGGGCUCUCGCACGCGUCGCAUCGAUGGAACUUGCGGCUCAGCCCGGAUCGGACGCACAGCCGGACCAUCCUGGAGGAGAGCAUCUCGCAGGUGAGACCGCUUAUCAUCUCCAGGUCAAAGCAGCGAGAACCGGCUCCAGAACCUCGCACGUGGACGCCUUCUUUGGCGCCCCCGCUGGUGGUCGUUUUCCUCGCCAUCGCGGCAGCCAUCGCGUCCUUCCUGCUCCCGUGGGUCAGAAACUGACGAGCGGAGAGCCUGUCGGAAUCAAGCACAAACAUUAAACACCUUCAUUUUAUUUGUGUCAAUGUCAAACGUCGGAACGUUCAUCAGAACGCGCACUCCCAACAAUGACGACUAUGCAAGUCCCGUGGUUUCUACUGUGCUAGUAGGGCCCAGUGCUGAAGAAAGCCCUUGAUGUCCUUGCCACCAUUUGGCCCCGCCCACUACCUUCUUCAGGAAAUGCGACCAGAACCACUUUUAAAAAGCAAUACCCGGAGUUGUGCACCAUUUUAAAACAUGUCGUACCAUCAUCUACCUUAUUUUUUUGGACUAUAAGUCGCACUUGAGUAGAUGUUGUACCAACCUAAAAAUGCACAAUUAAGAGAAACAAGUAAGAGCCAUUGGAGGUUGAAGGCUGCCCUCUACUGACUAACUCAUCACAGACGGGCAACAAUAAUUUCACACAUAACUGUUCCAUUUACAAUUUCUCAAAAAAAUUAUAGCCUAAAAAACACAAAAUAGCUUCUUUACCAAACUCUCAACCAUAGACUCCACCAUCAGUUGACAUGGCAGCUCCCACAGACAUUACGCUACGCCUGACCGUAGGGGACCGACCCGGGUAGAGUUGGCUUUCACUGUGAUAAACUCAAACAUACACUACGUUCUAACCCUGGAUUUAGGUGGAAAUAGGACGAAGGUUUUACUGCAUACAAGAAGGCAGGAGUGUCUCAAGAGUGAUUUGGUCAAGGAUUCAAGGUAAAUUUUAUAUUAAAUAACACCAUGCAUGCACUUUGAAAAAAGGCAUAUAAAAAAUUAGCGUAACAUUAGUUCGAAAUAUUUACGUAAAAUGAAUGAUAACUGCCCGUUUUUUGCUUUUAACCCAUGAUCUAGACUGUUUCGCGUUCAUAUCUGUAGAAAUUCUGUGAUUUAAGCAUUUAUUUACAAGAAUUUUCAACUCAAAAAGCUCCUUGUUUUGUGACGGCCGCCAUGUUGGAUUACACAAUACCGUAACUUUUUCUUGAAAUAUUUAGGUACGAUGAAUGAUAACUGCCCGUUUUUUGCUUUUAACCAAUAAUCUAGACUUUUACAUUCAUAUCUACAGAAAUUCCACAAUUUAACCAUUUAUUUACAAGAAUUUUUAACUUAAAAAGCUCUGUUUCGUGACGGCCGCCAUGUUGGAUUUUGUAUCUCUACACAAUAGUGGAAUUUAACCUAAAUAAGCUGUGAAUGUAGAUAGAAAAGAAAAAUGCAAAUUUUGCUUUUGUUGAGUAAAAUUAUGAUUCUGAAUGCUUUCCACAAGUAUUAAGUUUCUCAUGAGAAAGCUUAGUGAUUUUUUAGCAAAAACGUACAUUGUUAAAUAUUGCUAUUGAUCCUGAAAAUAUAGGUGAUUUUUGAGCAUCAAGCGUAAAAUUUGAGAAUUUUAUAGCCGUUUUAAGUUUUGUUAUACUUGUACAAAAAAAUAAUUAAUUGGGAUUUUAUUAGGGAACGACUUAGAAUUUUUUGAUGUCGCUGCUCAUUUAGACUCAUAUAUGCCUAAGGGAGGUGCCUGUUUUGGUUUUAGGUCGCUAGCAGCUUUUGUUUUGAAAAAAAUUGAAGUUUUUGAAAAUAGGCCCCCUACGGAUCGGCCCCGUGUCCCGUCAACUGAUAGUAAAGUUUAUGUCACAACCAUAUAUACGUCGCACCUGAGUUUGUCACGGGUCCAGCCAAAAUAUGGGAAAAAAACGGCGACUUAUAGUCCGAAAAAUACUGUACGUUUAACUAAUUGAUGAGCUAAUAAUGCCUGCUUGACAAUCUGUAGUUGAAUGCUAUACUGUAAUAUUAAUCAUCGCUUUAACCCUUCAUAGGGCAAGUGACUAUUUUUAGUAAACAAAAAACAACCCGGCGUCCACAUAUGUGGACAUCACAUUUUGGGUCAUGUUGUCCAUAGAUGUGGACACCGGGUCACGAUUACAUGAAUGAACUAAACCAGAAAUACUCUCUGGUUAUGGCCUCAAAUAACUCAAAAUAGGAUUCAACUCUUUGCCUGUCAUUGCCAGCAUUCGACGUCUAACGCAGUUAGCGGCAGGCCAAUGAGUUAAAUGACUGCCCUAUGAAGGGUUAAGUGUCUCGAGGGUCCACUGUGUUUCAAUAAAAU